UUUACUUGUGUUGCCAGGUAACGCCAACAGUGAAACUCCUCACAAAACCGAGAAAACAAACAACAAACAAAAGACAAGCAUUAAAAACAGUAACCAAAAAAAAAAAAAAAGGAAAAAAAAAAAAGAAAAAGUGUAAGAGAAGCUUUGAACUGGCAGAAUAACAUCAUCAUCAACAACAACAACAACAAUAAUAACAACAACACCAACUGUAAGAACAAUUGUGACAAUAACAACAACAUCAACAGUUAUUUGCACUGAGAUCGACGGCCACAACAACAACAGGAACAAACCCAUAACUAUUAAUAUCGACAUCCACCACCACCACCAUCACCACCACCACCACCAUCACCACCACCACCACCACCAAUAACAACAACAACAACAGCAGCAAACAUAACAACAACAACAACCAAUAACAACAACAGUAUCCGGCAUCAACAAUAAUAACAACUAAACUAAUGGAAACCCGAGCAGAAACAAGGGAUUCUCUAAGUGGUCACUUGACCUGUUAGAAAAAGCAGCCAAACUUCCCUGAAUUACCAUUACCAUUAUUAUUAUUAUUAUUAUUAUUAUUAUUAUUAUUAUUAUUAUUAUUAUUAUUGUUCAGUAGUUUUAUUUUUAUAACGUGCUUUCACUUCACUACCGAGCGCAGCUCUGUGUGCCUUGGGUAUGUGCUGUGGUUUGUUGUGAUGCUCUUAUUGGUCAAGGGAAGGAUCCAUUGGCCGGUGGUAUAUUUCUAAAAGACGUGUGAUGGUCAUGGUUGCAAAACCUUUUGGUUCACAGGUCUGUCCAAGCUGGAGCUGACUUGGGGGGCUAAGUAACAACACGCAAGAGCAAUAAACAAACAGCAAACAACGUUAAAAAAAAAAAAAGCGAAAAAAAAAAACGAUGCGGAAACAAACCAACAACAGCAAUAACAACAACAUUGAAGCCGCCAACUACAACGACAAUGAUGACCACCAACAAAUGCAACAGCCAAGAGUGCCGUCGGCUCUAAGCGAAGGAGCAGUGACGUCAAUUUGGACAGAGAUGAUGGCACCGUCCUAUGUACACUGUCUACCCAAAGCGUUGUUAGAGACGGACCUGUCACAGAAAACACCAUGAAUAACAAACUGCGAAUGAGAAAACAGGUGGGAUUAACGAACCGAUGGCGACUGCCAGAACCAUUGGGAAGUGAUUUGCUUGGCACUUCUCAGGCCCUUCGAGCUAUUUCCACGCCACUCAACGAAACCUUGAUCAAAAUCAUUACAGCUGAAAGUCCCCAGAUCGCUGUAAAUCUUGACCUCAAUCAACCCUACAAGUUCCGACAAAUUCAGGAUAGACCGACUACUGCUUCAUUGUAUUCACCAAGCUAUAAGAAAACGAAGACCCUGCCGGAAGCAAGAAAAGAGUGUUCAACUCCAAGUGUCUUCAGUUAUUGUACCAAAAGGAAUGCCAUGAAACCGGAUAUUAGUUUACAUUGUCUCGGAGUCAGAUGGAAUCUCCAUAGCAGUAACAUAGACAAAUCGUCAGUUCUCCUGGAUUUAUUUGUAAGACCUCGCGGAAAGUCAAACGACAGCUCCAAGCAAGGUUUGUUGAGGAAACCAAAAUCUGCCAGUGACAUUCACCUGAAGUCGAGAAGCUCAAAAAUUCUCGACAACCGGUUAACGGUGAGUGGUAUAAGACGGAAUUCUGCAGAUUCGGCCUUAGAUUUGAGAGAUUAUAUUCCAGCUGAGAUGUUUCACAUGGAUUUGGAAGCGGAAGAUCCCAAGUUGACAAAGAAAGGGUUGGCCGUGGCGUUAGCAAGCCUCUACCAAGACGAAGUGGAAUUAACCAAUGUUAAGCAGAUAAUCCCUGUUUUAGCUGCAGCUCACCUAUUACAAAUGAAAGAACUGACAGAUAAGUGUGCCAAAAUUAUGGUUGAAUCCGUGAACGCUGGAACUGUAGGUCCCUACUAUGAUGCUGCCAUGAAAUAUAAACUCCACGAAUGUGUUUUUUUCUGUGAACGUUGGACUGAGCUCCAUCUGAUACCGACUGUUUCUAAAACCAUCCAUCUUCGAGAGGUGCCACACCAGUUAUUUGAAGAAGUUCUGUUUUUGUUCACGGAUAGCGAGUUUUCUGUUUACCAAACCAUUUGUUACUGGACUUACUUCCAGUUGAACCCCGAUUGCCAAAUCUUUCCUUAUUCCUUCAGUACGGUGAUGGCAUUUUUCAACGGGUUAACCAAACAACUGUCUUUCUUAGAAACAGAGGAGGGUCUCCAAUAUCAGCAUUUGUUCUCCGUGGUACGCUUCCAUGGCAUCACAAAUGCCAUUCACCUUCAUCACAUUCGAACCAUGAAUAUCGUGCCUCGAAGUUUGAUAGUAGACGUUCUAUCUCAACAUUUUGAUUCGCUGAACUGUGGUGGAGAUAUGUUGUCCAUAUCAGAAUUCGAAUCGGCUUCAAUCCGGUGGGGUCUGGUGAUCAAUUACAGGGAUGUUUAUGACCCAGAGGUGGUUUUUCUGUUUGGUUUCUACUUCAAUCUGAAAAUCGACAAAAUCGAAAAUACCUACCAUUUGUAUAUUGAGCGCCUGAGGCCAUCCGAGUCUACUCUCACAUUCCGUGAAUCUGAGCGGCAUACUUUUUCUCUACGUUCCGAACGAAUCGUCACAUACAGUAUAACAGCAACGUCACUCCACCACCGAGUUCCCACCACUUACAAAACAGGAGUGCUCUCUCAUACGUUUCGUAUGGAGGAAAAACACUCUCGGAGUCAGUACUUUGCUGGCCUCAAAGGAGUACAUGCGGUUCCUCGAGCUGUUAUCAAUUGCAGUCAAAUUUUGAAGAAUGCCACAGGAAAACUUGAGGCUCAUUCUUCUACUAUUGAGAGGCAUAAACGAAGGCUUAACCAUACUCAUAUUCAGCUGGUAAUAAAUGAAGAUAAACGGAAAACUGCUGAUGUCAUUAAUCAUAUAGUUCACUGCGAGAUCCCUGAUAUCAAUCCAAAGUUGCUUAAGAUUCUCGUCACUCAUUCACCUAGUCAACCAUUGUCUCAAUCUGCUACCUUGUUACUCCUAGAAUUUAGAAUGUUUCUAUUUAUCACAGGCUAUGUUGAGAACGAGACAUUUGGCGCGGCCGUUUUGGCGCUGCCUAUUUGGCGUCAGUCAUUCGACGCUGACUCAUCUAACAGUAAACGUCUUAAUAUUCGGGCUUUUUUCUCCUUAUGUUUAUGA